AUGUAUUCCAAAAUUUUAGAAGAAGUAAGGGAGCUGGGAGAACGUCUUAGAGACACCACUAUAAGGAAAUUCCACAAGCGUCUUACCAGAAAUCCGGCGGAAGAAACUAUAAAAUAUACAGAAGUAGAAGAGGAGGAGAAUAGUGAUAGCGCUAAACCUAGCAGGACGAGAGAAUGGGGGGUAGUCAUCGCCUUUGGGCAAAGCUUUGGAGCUGACUUCCACUGGCGCACCAGUUUCCCUUCCUAUGAAGUCGUGCCAGGUCCAAGCUUUUUUAUGUCGAGACUCGGUGGAAAAUGA